GUCAGAGCGGUCCUACAGUGCGCUUUCAAUCGUCACGUUUGCCAAUCCGCUGGAGUAGUGAAAUACUCGAGCGUAUUUAUAGCAUCGUAUGCACACGACGACUAUACACGACGAUAGAAUUUCGGGGCAAUCACGACGAAAAUACUAUCUAUAAUACAAAUAUAUUAUACGGUGGACAUCGAUCUGUUGUAGUUUUUAUCAAAAUUAUUACUUGGCCGUCAAUCACAGCAGUCGAGUGUAUUGUCGUCGUCCGACCGGAAACAUCGACGGCCUCACAAAAACCAACGAAACAGUAAUGUUUGGGGUCAUACAGAGGUAUGCCUCAUGGUUGCCCGUGGAUGGUACCACUAUUUAGAUGGGCCUUAUUGUCUGGUUGCGUAGCCAGACCGCUGAGUUCCGAUACCAAAAUGACCGAUGUUGUCGCACAAAACAUGACAAAAGAAAAUUUAACUUGCUACACUUGCGUAAACGUGUCGGACAAUUUGACAUGCAACCAAUAUGCCAUUGAUAAGCCAUGUGCUCGAGAUCUAGACUACUGUCAGACGUUACACAUAAUGGAUUCAACUGGAUCUAGUGUUAUUGUGAACAAAAAAUGUGCUAACCGAACAGAAUGUCAUCCGUCCACUGUCGGUUGUCUAAGCAUUGACAGACAGACUGUAUGCGUAUCCUGUUGCGAUGACAUGUACUGCAACAUGACCGUGCCAACAAACCAAACGAAUGCAGUGAUAACAGUCACACGGAAACGUCACAUGAAUCCUACCAAAGGGCCGAAAACAAAGUCUGCUGGUGACGUCCCGUGCACUCAACUGACGGUUUCAUCAUAUUUAUUGUUGUUUCUUAUGUUAUUGACCACAAUUUUGCAAUGCUAGAUCGUUAAACAUUUAUAUAAAAUAUUAUAUCUUAACCGUUACCUCAAUAAUAAUUAUAUUAUAUAUGUAGUUGAGUUUAGAUUUAGCUGUUGUAUAGGUUAUACACAAACACAAUACAAACAAACUUUAAACUUUUGUAGUUAUUAAUCAUUUGAACUACAGCAAGUUUACACCUGUGUAUAGCCUAUUCACAGUUAAACACCAACAGAUAAUAUUCGGUGGAAACAUUAAGACUUUAAAUGUAGGUGGGCAGAGCGAAACAGGAUGAUCAAAAAUACAUUAUUUGAAAACUAAAAGUGUAAUAAUUUCUUUUUAUCUGAAUAUUAAACUUGAACCGUGGUAAAAAAMUUUUAGAAUCUAAACUGAAAAAAUAAUAAUUAUAAAAAUAAUGGAUAGGUUACGCUGCACAAUAUAUCAUAGUAGGUAGGUACGGGUAAAUUGUUUUAUGAGAAAGGUCUAUAAGUCCCAUAGGAAUCAAAGUAAUCAAUAGUUUUGAUAUAAGUUAAAUUACCAUUUAAAUAUAACAAAAAAUAUUAAGAAAAAAUGUAUUCAUAAAGUUUUUAUAAAAAAAAAAUAUUCAUAGAAACCCCAUCCAUAAGGCUUAUUUUCUUGCUCUGUCCUCUAUUCAAUAUAUGAACAAAAUAAAGUCGGUAAUUUUGUUUACUUAUUUGAAAAUGAAAAUGUUUUUAAUCGAACUAAGUUUCGUG